AUGACCAAGCUCUUCAUCACAGGUGCCACCGGCUACAUUGGGGGCGACGCCCUCUACACCAUCGCAAACAAGUAUCCUGACCUGGAAAUCACUGCACUUGUCCGUAACAGCGACAAAGGUGCCAAGGUCGCCGCACAAUACCCCAAGACCCGCCUUGUAUACGGCACCCUUGACAGUACCGACCUACUUACUACCGAGGCUUGCAACGCGGAUAUCGUCCUUCAUACCGCAGACUGUGAUCACGUGGCCUCUGCCACCGCUCUUGUCGCUGGUCUUAGCCAGAGUGGACGAAAGACACACCUCAUCCAUACUUCUGGUACUGGUGUGCUCUCUUUCGAAGACUUCGAAUCCAGUACCUAUGGCUUCAAACGCGACAAGGUUUAUGAUGACUGGGACCACAUCAGUGAAGUUACUUCGCUCCCUGAUGUGGCCCUUCAUCGGAAUGUUGACAAGAUCAUCCUUGGAUCCAAUCAAGCAUCGGCGGGCAAGAUACAGUCGGCUAUCGUCUGCCCACCAUGCAUCUAUGGCCCUGGUCGUGGCCCAGGCAAUCAGCGUAGUGUACAGGUCUACGACAUGACCAAGUUCGCACUGAAGCGCAUGAAAGGCUUCGUUGUCGGCAAUGGCGAAAACAUCUGGACCCAGGUGCAUGUGCAAGACCUCAGUGAGCUCUACCUAGCUCUAGUAACAGCUGCCCUAUCACCUGAUGGCGGCAAGGCAUCAUGGAAUACGGAAGGAUACUACUUUGCAGAGAACGGAGAUUUCUGUUGGGGCGACGUCGGACGCAAGAUCGGAGAGAUUGCAUUCAAGAACAAACUGAUCAAUCAUGAUGGCAUCGACAAUGUGAGCAAAGAAGAGGCAGAUGAGAUGCGACCAUUUGGCAGCUACCUCUGGGGUACCAAUUCAAGGUGCAGGUCUAUUCGCGCCAACAAGCUUCUGGGGUGGACUCCAAAACAGAAGAGCAUAUUUGAUCUCCUACCGGACAUUGUCGACGAGGAGGCGAAGGUGCUCGGUCGUAUCAGGCAGCAUGCCGAGGAAGCUGCUGAGGGACGCAUCCUGAAGUAA